GGGCGCUGCGCGGGGCGGGACUCGCUCCGUGCCGGGCGCAUGCGCGGGGCGGCGGCGCCGCUGUGCGCAGAAGAUGGCCGCGGUGGUGCGGGCGAUGCGCGGGCUGGUGAACGGCGCCGGGCCCGGCGGCCCCCGGGAGCAGGCGGCGGCGCUGGAGCAGGCGGCGGCGCUCACCCGCGACUACAUCUCGCAGCCGCGCCUCACUUACAAAACUGUUUCGGGUGUGAAUGGUCCCCUGGUUAUCCUGGAUCAAGUUAAGUUUCCUAGGUACGCAGAGAUUGUCCACUUGACUCUUCCUGAUGGCACAAGAAGGAGUGGGCAGGUUCUGGAAAUCAGUGGCUCCAAAGCUGUGGUUCAGGUAUUUGAAGGAACUUCAGGUAUUGAUGCUAAGAAAACAUCUUGUGAAUUUACUGGGGAUAUUCUUCGAACCCCUGUCUCUGAGGAUAUGCUUGGCAGAGUAUUUAAUGGCUCAGGAAAACCUAUAGACAGAGGCCCCAUUGUUUUGGCUGAAGACUUCCUCGACAUAAUGGGUCAGCCAAUCAAUCCCCAGUGUCGUAUCUACCCAGAGGAAAUGAUUCAGACUGGCAUUUCUGCUAUAGAUGGUAUGAACAGUAUUGCCAGGGGGCAGAAAAUCCCCAUAUUCUCAGCUGCUGGCUUGCCCCACAAUGAGAUUGCAGCUCAGAUAUGUCGCCAGGCUGGCUUGGUGAAGAAAUCCAAAGAUGUAAUGGACUACAGUGAAGAGAACUUUGCCAUCGUGUUUGCUGCUAUGGGUGUGAACAUGGAAACUGCUCGGUUCUUCAAGUCAGACUUUGAGGAAAAUGGGUCCAUGGACAACGUGUGUCUGUUCCUGAAUUUGGCCAAUGAUCCAACCAUUGAGCGCAUCAUCACACCUCGUCUGGCUCUAACAACAGCAGAGUUCUUGGCAUAUCAGUGUGAGAAGCACGUGUUGGUCAUUCUGACAGAUAUGAGCUCCUAUGCUGAAGCUCUGCGAGAGGUGUCAGCAGCUAGAGAGGAGGUGCCUGGCCGGCGUGGCUUCCCAGGCUACAUGUACACUGACUUGUCUACUAUCUAUGAGCGUGCUGGGCGUGUGGAAGGCAGAAAUGGUUCCAUUACUCAGAUCCCUAUUCUUACCAUGCCUAAUGAUGAUAUUACUCAUCCUAUCCCUGACUUGACCGGAUACAUCACUGAGGGACAAAUCUACGUGGACAGGCAGCUGCAUAACAGACAGGUUUACCCACCUAUUAAUGUCUUGCCCUCCUUGUCUCGACUGAUGAAGUCAGCUAUUGGAGAGGGUAUGACCAGGAAGGAUCAUGCAGAUGUAUCCAAUCAACUGUAUGCCUGCUAUGCUAUUGGAAAGGAUGUGCAGGCUAUGAAAGCUGUAGUUGGUGAGGAAGCUCUUACCUCAGAUGAUCUUCUUUACCUGGAGUUCCUGCAGAAGUUUGAGAAGAACUUCAUUGCUCAGGGUCCCUAUGAGAAUCGCUCCGUUUAUGAGACCUUGGACAUCGGGUGGCAGCUUUUGCGGAUCUUCCCCAAGGAGAUGUUGAAGAGGAUUCCUCAGGCAACCCUGGCUGAAUUCUAUCCUCGAGAUUCGACUGCAAAACACUAACCACAGCUUCAUCUCUUAACUCCUCGCUCUGUGAAAUGCUGUUUGUUUUCCUUUUUCAUGUGUUGGUGUUUACUUGUCGCCCUUGCAAUUAAAACCAAGGAUAGGUGACGUUUGUGCCAGUGUUCCAAUGUACGCUGAUACCACUUUUGAAAAUAGCCCUUCUUCCAAAGCCUGGAUCUUCAGGAGAAUAUUUAGGCCAGCUCCUACAGAUGUACAAUAGUCAAAGCUUUGGGAACUGGACCUUUUGUAGGCAUUUCAAAAUGUCUGAGGAUUACCAGAAAUUGUAGAUCUUUACUUUUAAACCCAGAGCACAUGGUUUAGAGAACGUGAAAGAGCAAAUGUUGAGUUCCUUUGUCCAAAGCAUCUGCUCAGUCUGAUCACAGGCAGUUUGUUGUGCUGCUGGUAGAACAGAUAGAGCUGUGCUCUCUUGCUGCUGUGCCUGAAGACCAGGCUAAUAGGUGGAAAGUGUGCAUGACAACAGAGCUUGCUGCAAAAUGCAAGUCACUGGUGUUUAACUAUGGCUUAACGUUCUUUAUGCGCAAACUGAGGAGACACACUGGGUGCUUUUCCACUAGCAAAGGGUCUUUUCAGAGGUCACAGGCCAGUGGUUUGCUACCUAAAGGUAACGUGAUAAGGCUUAAUUACUGAAUUAAAGGCUUUAAAUUGACGUUUGCAGGGUAAGUUUCCUACUCACCCUUUUAUUUCCCCCUUUGAAUUCUGGAAACACCAAAGCCACAAAACAGCAGCUGAAGCAUUCUGAGAUCAGUCGAGUCUCAGUGGACAGAACUGUAGGUAAUUCUUUGUGCUGCUACCAAAGGGGAUUAUGAGAGAUGUGGAAGAAACCUUACACCUGAUACAGUUGUGCUGGUGGGAGGUCAGCUUUUAAAGCUUGUCUUGUACUAACUGGUGCAAAGGAGAAAGCAACUCAAUGCCUGAGCGGGUAUCUUGACUUCUGUUACAAAGCACACUCGAGGUGGCACUGCGUCCUGAGCUGUGCUUGAAACUGUUGUGGUUUGCACUCCAGGCACACAUUCGGCUAGCCAGGAGAGCUUGGCAUUCCCAACCCUGCAACCUUGGCUAGUCAAUGCAGUGCUGUUCCUUCCCAUUGGUUCUGAUGAGGCUCCAAGUUGCUGGCAGGCUUUCCUGCUUUUUUCCAGGCUUAAUGUAGCCUAAGCUCUGCUCUGGCUAACUAAAGCAUGUUGCACCUCUCUCUGCACCUUCAGUACUGGGUUAGGAAGGUGCUAACGUGACCUGAAGGAUGUGUAACUAAUUCCAGCUUUCCCUGGUGUCUCCUUUGUGCAGUUCUUUCUCUAGUUUGUUCAGUGUUCUCUGUAACUUGGACUCAAUAGCAAUUUUACUCCAGUGCAUUCCACCCUAAAGCUGUGUCGAGUCUAUUUUUCUUGAGGUAGGGAUUGGGAGUGUUGGCAUGAGAAUACUUUCAUGUAGAGACUAUCUAAAUAAAUUAAAUAUGGAAGGUGUUGAACAAUA